AGCAUUCUUAUCUAGUCAAUGCGCAGGUCGCCCAAUCCAUCAAAAUACUGACGUUGAUUUCUAAGCUCUUGUGCACUCGCCGCAGUCACCGUAUCGAAUUCUGUUAUCAGAGGUGACCAGGAACUGCUGUGAAGAGGGGCAGUGCUGGUUCAGGUCGCGCUUGAUGACGGAUUUGUGUAGACGUGGCAUUAAAGCAGGACUUCAUUUCCUUGUUCUUAUGCUGCUCCAUCUCGGCGUGCACGAAUUAUUCCUGUACCUGGACGAGACAGAAAUUACAUGGGCGAAUGAUGAAAGGAGUCGGCUCAUGUCCUCCAUUCUUCACCGUUAUGCUCCGAGGUGGAAGCUUCGGAACUCUACGCCUUCUGGGUCUCGUAGCGAGGAAAUGAGGCCGCUGGAAAAUCGCUAUCUUGCAGAAAACGUAAUGGCUCGUUUAAAUCAAAUGGCGCCGCUGCGGUCGCUGAAGGAGCUGUGUCGCCUCUCCAUCCGCGCCUCCCUCGGCCACUGCAGGAUUGAAGAGAAGACGGAAGGCUUGCGAGACGUGUUGCCAGCUCCUCUUAGAGAAUACCUUUACUUCCGCCACGACUUCCUCAGCUUCCCUAAGAACGCUGAUAGUUUGUAGAACCGUUGAUACGGUGACUCGUUUUGUCUGAGACCGUUGAUAGGGUGACUAGUCUUGCCUGGGACCGUAGAUACGGUGACUGGGACUGUUGAUACGGUGACUCGUCUUGCCUGGGACCGUUGAUACGGUGCAACAGUAUUUGGUUUGGUAUCUAUAAUGGAAAUUUUUCAGUUCUAGUUAUUUAAACGACACAAAUUUUUCGUGAAAGGUUCGGAAGAUUUUUUGUAGGGCUACGGUGAUGCGACUACGUCGUCAACUGCCUGAGGCACGUCUAUGCUACUGAGGCCCAGGAGCAAUAAAACUAACGCUCAUCUGUCCUCAGUUAGGGGAGCUGAUGCGAGAUUAUUUUGGUGACAAUAGUGGGACAGAGGCGGACGUCCAGGGAUUGUGCUCAAAGACAUGUUAAGGAUUCCUUAUCAGACGAAUGUGUGAUUUAGACUGUUCUUGUGGUGGUAUUGAUGCCAAGUGAUUUCUUUUUCAGGCCUUAUUUCAGGGUUGUAUUAACCUUUCCAUUUCAUAUCUUUUUUUCGCGUUCUUUUUCUUGUAAUUUGACAGCCCCACAAAUUUAUUAUCUGUGGGUGCUUCGGCAUUUUUUCUUGUGCAAGUUUAAAGUUUUUUGUAUCUCUGGAAAUCGCGCAGCUGUCGUUCAAUAAUGUCACAUUGUUGAUAGUAUUUCUGUUGCCAUUAGUCAUAUAUAAAGGAAUUACCUCUACGACGGAUAAUGUAUUCUUAGACAGAGCGCGGUAUUUUUUGCUACGUUUAACCACAAGCCCUGUAAAUCCA